AUGGUUAAAUUCUUUGAGCUACUUAAUUUAAUUAAUAUUUUUUCUGAUUUAGGUGGUAACCAAAGAGAAUUAGCUCGUGCUAAAAACCAAAAAAAACAACUUGAAAUUCAAAAAAAAAAAGGAGCUUGUGACAAGUCUUCUAAUGCUGGCUUAACUCUUGAGCAAAGAAAACAUAGGGAUGCAGAGCUGAUGAGGGAAAAACAAAGAAGAAAACAAGAAGCUAUGGGUAAUAAUGGAAAUACUAACUGA